GGUAAGGAGGUGGUGGAGCGCUGUGUGAGCCGAGGCAGUGAGGCAGUUGAGAUGAGCACAUCAGAGCUGGAGUCAGAACAGAGCGCAGCUGCCCUAACAUGCUUCCCUUGACACUGCACAGCUACCUCUGCGCUCGAAUGAAGGUUUGCAGUCGAAGCUGAGGAUGGCAGGAGAUUCUCGUGUUCACAUGGACCACGACAUGGAGAUAGGAGUGACUCCAAGAGAGCAGGUGAAGAAACUCCCCAAGCACCUGAGGGAAGCACAGAUCCCCACAGAUCGCACCCACCUCAUCUCUGAUCCUGUUAAGAAACCCCGCCAGCGCUACGUACAGAAAGACGGCAAGUGCAAUGUUCAUCACGGAAACGUUCAAGAGACCUAUCGUUAUCUCAGCGACCUCUUUACAACACUGGUCGACUUACGUUGGCGCCUCAGUUUCUUCAUUUUCACCUUGGUCUACGUUGUCAACUGGCUCUUCUUUGGGUUUUUGUGGUGGCUUAUUGCACUAAUACGAGGAGAUCUUCUACACGCAGAUGAAGAGGGCUGGACCCCUUGUGUUGAAAACCUCAACAGCUUUGUCUCUGCUUUUCUCUUUUCCAUCGAAACCGAGACCACCAUUGGCUACGGCUAUCGUGUCAUCACGGAGAAGUGCCCAGAAGGGAUUAUACUUCUACUGGUGCAGGCCAUCUUGGGGUCCAUUGUCAAUGCCAUGAUGGUGGGCUGCAUGUUCGUAAAGAUCUCGCAGCCCAAGAACCGAGCAGAGACGCUGAUGUUCUCCCACAAGGCCGUGAUCUCGGUGAGGGACAGCAAGAUGUGUCUGAUGUUCAGAGUGGGUGACCUGCGGAAUUCGCACAUUGUGGAAGCGUCAAUCCGUGCCAAGCUCAUUCGUUCACAGCAGACGAAGGAGGGCGAGUUCAUACCGCUCAACCAGACGGACAUCAACAUUGGCUUUGACACAGGAGACGAUCGCCUCUUCCUGGUAUCGCCUCUCAUUAUCUCCCACGAGAUCAAUGAGAAGAGUCCUUUCUGGGAGAUGUCUCGGGCACAGAUGGAGAAGGAAGAGUUUGAGAUUGUCGUCAUCUUGGAGGGCAUGGUCGAAGCUACAGGGCUGUUGAGGGAAUAA